GGAGAGUUUAUUAAAAACAACAGAACUGCCUCCAGUUAUUGUCAAAUUUAAAAUAAGUCUGUUUUCUCUCUCCUCAGGUUUGGCAGGAGGAAGAGUCUUCUCCUGUCCAAUCUGAUCAAUUUUGUUUCAGGAAUUGCGAUGGCKGUUGUUCCAAACUACGUGUCCGUCCUGGUGCUCAGGGCCAUGUUCGGCUUCAGCAUCAAAGGGGGCUGGAUGACCGCAUACGUCCAACUGACAGAGAUGGUUGGAGUGGAGUACAGACGAACAGUYGGUAUCUUGUUUCAGAUGAUCUUCAGCAUUGGCCUCCUCAUCCUCCCUCUGCUUGCUUACCUCAUCACUGAUUGGCGCUGGCUGCAGGUCGUGAUCACGGCACCGUUUGCGCUUUGCAUGCUCUACUACAGGUUUGUCCCAGAAUCUCCAAGGUGGCUCAUGUCUCAGAAAAGUUCUCCAGAAGCUCUGAAAAUCACUGAAGCAAUGGCGCAGGAGAACGGGAAGAAACUCAACACCAAUUUAGAGUUUCUCUUGCAGAGACUAACUCAUGAUGAAGGUGAGUCCAGCUCUGCAUCAUUGCUGGACCUGAUCAGAACUCCAAAAAUGAGAAAGCACACUUUCAUCCUCAUGUUUAACUGGUUCACCAGUGCUGUGGUUUAUCAGGGUCUGAUCAUGCGGGUGGGGAUCACAGAAGGGAACGUCUACACYGACUUCUUCAUCUCUAGUCUGGUGGAGUUCCCCGCUGCCUUCUUCAUAAUUCUCACCAUCGAGCGAAUCGGCCGUCGCCUUCCAUUUGUCGCUGCCAACGUCGUGGCUGGAGUUUCCUGCCUCGUCACCGCCUGCAUCCCUGACAGCAUGUUUUGGUUGAAGACAUUAGUGGCCUGUAUCGGUCGGCUGGGGAUCACCAUGGCCUUUGAGAUGGUGGUGUUUGUCAAUACUGAGCUCUACCCAACAUUCAUCAGGAACCUUGGAGUGUCGGUUUGUUCCACUCUCAGUGAUGUUGGAGGAAUUGUCUCUCCUUUCCUGCUCUACAGACUAGCUGCCAUCUGGCUUGAAUUGCCACUCAUCAUCUUUGGGGUCGUAGCUCUAAUAGCUGGAGGUUUGGUCCUGCUGCUGCCUGAAACCAAAGGAGUUUCUCUGCCUGAGACCAUCGAUGACAUCGAGUUCCCCGAUCGGAAAAGGAAAAGUCAAGAGGAAUAUCAAAGCAUUAAAAAACCUUUGAAAAUUAAUGAAACUGUUUAAUUUUUCUAAAUUAUUCAGUUCUAAAAAAGGAGUUUUUAUACCUUUUCCAUGAAGUAUACAUUUUCCUUUUUUAAAGUAAAAUAGUUUUUUAAUCUGUCACAGAAAAUAAAAACAAAAUGA